AUGAAAACUUUCAAUGCACAUCUAAGAACACUCAAUUUGUAUUUUUCUCAAAGAAUUCGGUGUUCAUAUUUCAAAAGACUUUCGGUUAGAACAUAUGUUACAAUAUCAGCAAGAGACCCAGAAUACCCAAAAUUCGAUGUUAUUGUAAUUGGCGGAGGGCACGCAGGCUCAGAAGCAUGCACUGCUGCAGCUAGGACAGGAGCGAAAACUUUAUUACUCACUCAAAGACUUGAUACCAUCGGUGAAAUGUCAUGUAAUCCUUCAUUUGGUGGAAUCGGCAAAGGAAUAUUAGUUAGAGAAAUAGAUGCUUUGGACGGAUUAUGUGGGAAAAUAUCCGAUUUAUCUGGAAUACAAUUUCAUAUCUUGAACCGUUCAAAGGGACCAGCUGUUCAUGGUCCUAGGGCGCAAAUUGAUAGAAAGUUGUAUAAGAAAAAUAUGCAAGAACAUCUGUUCAAUUAUCCUAAUUUAACAGUAAUGGCUGGUAGCGUGCAUGAUAUAUUAAUGGCACAUCGACCAAUGAUUAUUGGUGAACCUGGAAAACAUCCGAUUUAUGGAGAAGUUCAAGGAGUAAAGUUGGAAUCGGGUAAGGUUAUUUAUGCAUCAAAAGUCAUAUUGACGACAGGAACUUUUCUUCAGGGCGAAAUACAUAUUGGAAGAACAAUGUACCCAUCAGGAAGGUUCGGUGAGGCGCCAUCUGUGGGAAUUUCUAAAACAUUGGAACUUGCAGGGUUUAAACUUGGGAGACUUAAAACAGGUACACCUCCACGUUUGGAUGGACGCACAAUAAACUAUAAAAAUCUCCGUCAGCAGCAUGGGGAUAUACCAGCUACACCUUUUUCCUAUCUUCAUACAUCUGUUCCAUAUGAAGCACUUCAAAUAAUGUGUUAUCAAACAAAAACAAAUACAGAGACGCACAAAAUCAUUUUAGAUAAUUUAUCUGAAACAAUGCACAUACGAGAGACCGUAAAAGGGCCAAGAUAUUGUCCCUCAAUUGAGGCGAAAGUGAUAAGAUUUAAAGAUAAGCAGGGUCAUAUUAUUUGGCUGGAGCCAGAGGGCCUUGAUACAGAAAUUGUAUAUCCGAACGGAAUAUCCAUGUCUCUCCCAGAAUCAACACAAUAUAAUGUGAUUCGUACAAUUCCAGGAUUAGAAAAUGUAGAGAUGAUAAGGCCCGGAUAUGGAGUGGAAUAUGACCAUGUGGAUCCACGAGAAUUAAAUCCAACACUAGAAACUCAUCGUAUCAAGGGUUUGUAUUUGGCCGGGCAAAUUAAUGGAACCACAGGCUACGAAGAAGCUGCAGCACAGGGAAUUAUUGCAGGAAUAAACGCUGCUCUAUCCAUUCUGAACAAGUCUCCAUUUAUGCUUGACCGUGCAGAUGCGUAUAUUGGAGUAUUGAUAGACGAUUUGAUUACAAAAGGAGUUGAGGAACCUUAUCGUAUGUUUACUGCUCGUUCAGAAUAUAGAUUAUCUCUUAGAGCCGAUAACGCUGAUAUGCGGUUAACACGUAAAGGAUAUAAUGUCGGAUGCGUAUCUAACCAUAGAUGGAACCUAUAUCAAGAAACUGAGAAACAAUUCUGUAAAGGUUCUGAAUUACUUAAUGGUUUUAGUUUGUCACCCCAGAAAUGGGAUGCUUUGGGAAUAAACGUUGUGUAUGAUGGUAUAAUGAGAAGUGCUGUAGAUAUAAUUGGGACUCGCAACGUUACCAUGGAAUUUCUCGCAAAAAUUAUCCCGGGACUUAAUGAAAUAAGUCCUCCUGUAUUUCGACGGUUACAUAUCGAAGCGAGUUAUAAAUCAUAUCUGGAACGACAAAAAGCAGAAGUUCAAACGUUUCGAAAGGAUGAAGAAAUGAUAUUACCAGAAGAUUUGGAUUAUGAUUUGGUUCAUAACCUUUCGUUUGAGACUAGGUCAAAAUUAAAAUUAAUUAGACCCACAACGUUGGGAGCAGCAAAGCGUAUUGAAGGGAUGACACCAGCUAGCGUAGUGACGCUAUUAAAAUAUGUGCACAAAAAGAAAAAAAUUUUAUAA